UUACUAGACCCAUGCAAGUCUAAUGGCAGAAAGCAACAGGACCACUGAGGUUGCCGAACGUAUCUUGUGCAAUAAUGAAGCAAAUAUUUAUGAUUGCAAUCAAUCUGAUCCCAUGGGAUUUCAAAGCCCGGUCCCGCUGACAGACGCCUGGCUAGUGCCGGUGUUUUUCAUCCUUAUAUUGUUUGUAGGCUUGGUGGGUAACUCAUUGGUCAUCUAUGUAGUCGUCAAAAACCAGCAGAUGAAAACUGUUACAAACUUCUACAUAGUUAAUCUUGCCAGCACAGAUAUCCUUUUCCUGGUUUGCUGUGUUCCUUUCACUGCCACUUUAUACACUCUUCCUAGCUGGAUAUUUGGGGACUUCAUGUGUCGCCUGAUCAAUUACCUGCAACAGGUAACUGCACAAGCGACCUGCAUCACUUUGUCUGCGAUGAGUGUUGAUCGUUUUUACGUGACUGUCUACCCUCUCCAGUCCCUCCGUCAUCGAACACCACAGAUGGCUCUGUCUGUAUGCACCACUAUAUGGAUAUGUUCUUUGCUGCUUUCAGUGCCGAUAGCAUUGUAUCAGCACACAGAGUCUUCGUUCUGGUUCGGUCCACAGACGUACUGCACCGAGGCCUUUCCAUCUCUCAUUCAUAAGAGGGCUUACAUUCUUUACUCCUUCUUGGCUGUUUACCUGCUUCCUCUGAUCACCAUCUGCAUGUGUUACACCUUCAUGCUGAAGCGCAUGGCUCAAGCCACGGUCGAGCCUGUAAAUGGCUGUAACCAGCUGCAGACGCCAGCAGAACGUGUUGAAGCAGUGCGGACCAGAGUAACCAGAAUGGUGGUUGUAAUGGUGCUGCUGUUUCUGCUCUGCUGGGGUCCAAUCCAGAUACUGAUUCUCUUACAAGCAUUCUGUUCUGAAGAUGUGAGUCACAGCUAUACACUCUACAAACUGAAGAUCUGGGCUCACUGCAUGUCCUACUCCAAUUCCUCCAUAAACCCCGUCAUCUACGCCUUCAUGGGAGCCAACUUCAGAAAGGCCUUCAGAAGUGUGUUCCCUUUGAUCUUCAAAAGGGGCGCAAGAACAGCCCAGCCUCUCCCCACCUAUAACAGAGAGAUGAACUUUCUUUCAUCCGGACCCUAAAGGCAUUUUGGACUGGCUUUGCUUAAAUAUUAAAUGCAACUAGCUGAACAUUAAAGUGUUUUUUGACCCACUUAAGAAGGACUUAACUGUAUCUUUAUGUGUAAUUUCAAUAAAAAUGUCUACGUCUAUGAAACAAGGUUAAAG